UUGGAUUCAAAUUGGAUGCGAAAAUGUGUGAAAAGUGAUUCUAGUGACAGUUGGGAAAAUUACGGAACCUUGAAUUUGUCUAAUUGAUUGAAAAUUAGCCGGCAGAAAUAUUAAAAAUAAUGCAAUUCAUGAGCACGAAUCGAAUUUGCCAAGUUUUUUGCUAAACGGAUUUCAUGCUUCAGUUAAAGCUUGUCAGUGAUAAAAACAAAAUAGUUAACGUGACUAUCAAUGUGCAUUUAUUUAAAUUUGAGCAAGGUCGCAACAAUAAUGACCUCAACCUGGCUCUGGAUGUGGCUGGGUAUUGGGUUAUUACGCCCAAGCCAUGCCCACUACAUACAAAUCGAUCAUGAGGAAUUUCGCGCCAGUGGAUAUCCACAUCCUCCACUGCCACCUGCACCGCUGACCCCACUGGAAUUGGAGCAUCUGCCACAUGUGGUCGCCUCUAAGCAGUUAACCCCGGGCGAGGUUAUGGUUGAUCUGACCAAUGAUCUAACACAUCGGUUGCUACACUAUCACGCCAUCCUCAAUCGCAAUAAUUUUGCAUUCUCGCCAACGGCGCUGGUCAGCGUGCUGGUAGCUCUCUACGAAGGGUCUUCGGGAAGGAGUGCAACGGAGCUGAGGAAUGUGCUGCAAUUGCCCAACAAUCGUGACGUCAUACGCGUUGGAUAUCGUGACAUACAUCGACGAUUGCGGACGUAUUUCUUCGGGUCUGAUAAUCCCUUAAAGGGCCUAAGCUUGAGUAGGAGCAAUGUGACAGUUCUCAAGGACUUCGAAACUGUACUGAUGUUCUAUGGCUACGAUUUAAGUAUCGAUAUGCGAUCAUCAACGCCAGCGAAUAUUACAACAGAUGCACAAAUGGCCAAUACCACCGUGGCCAGUAAUGCGACCGCUGAGGAGAUGCAGGAUACUACUACACCAAAAGACGAGGAAACAACAACAACAACCGAGUUAAUCACAACAACAACUGAAGUUACAACAACAAUACCAACAACAACAACCACCGAGGAAACAACUACGAUAGAAGCAGAGACAACAACAACUGAGGCAACAGAAACAACGUCUGGCGAGGCAGCUGAGGAUGGAGGUGAAGAUGAGGCCGCUGAGCUUGUCUCUGCAUUUGUGGCCGAAGAGGAUGCAGAACCGUUUCUUAGGAUUCAAAAGGCACGCGUUUCAAGAUUACCCACCAGUAAACUCCAAGCACCCCUCAAACACUCCAACCCCAUAACGCCCAAGCCCAACUAUCUGCCAAGUGCUCGAAUUUCCAUUAUGCCAAUGAUGGAGCGCCAGGUAGCAGCACCACUGCAAAGAAGGAUGAAAUCAUCGAACAGUGCUCGACAAGUUUUUAAUACAACUGCGGCAAAUCCUCGCAAAUCGAGCACAAGUACAGCACGCCACAAGAGACACGUUUUGGGCUAUAAGGAACUGGAUGCGAAUCUUUUUGUGGCCCUAUUUAAUCCACAUGCACCACAUGGUCCACCCCACCCGCUGCCCAUACCAUCCGCCGCUGCCUUUGCGCAUAUUACCAACGAUUUUGAGCCGCAUUUUAUUAGUGAUGGGGCGGAGACAAAAACCAACUAUAAUACGGAUGUAAUUAGCCACGUUUUUUAUCUGGGCAAUCAGCAGGUGGUGCACACCACCUUUAAGGUAUACAAUGCGGUCUUGUAUUACAAGUACUUUGAGCACUUGAAGAUGAGUGUGCUGGAGUUGGAGUUGGACACACCGGAAUAUAAUCUAAUGAUACUGCUGCCCGAUUAUCACAUGGAUAUUGUGGCAGCUGCUGCCUCGUUGAAACUCGGACCAACGCUGCGACUGAUGCGCAAACAGUUAAAGCCACGUUGGGUGCAGGCCAUCAUACCCGAUUUUAAGCUCCAUGGCACCAUGUUUCUCACCAACGAUCUUCAAAAUAUGGGCAUCUGCGAUAUAUUCGAGCCAAAUCGCGCAGACUUCCGACCCAUGACUGAUGAGAAAGGCGUCUAUGUGCGGCACAUUGAGCAAUCGAUCGAUGUCAACAUUCGUACGCAUCCCAUCAAUCAGCUUAAACGCAACUCAGGUGCCCAAACGAAACCCAUACAGAUCUCUGUUAAUCAUCCGUUUCUGUUUUUCAUCAUUGAUCGCGACUUGGACGUGGCGGUUAUGUCGGGCCGUAUACUCAAUCCACUCAACGUGCGCAUACAAUGAGGGAUCCACUGUUGAGGCAAAGGCACUGGUGCAAAACGAAGGUCAGCACGUAUUGACAGCAACAGAAAGUGAAGCUGGGGAGCAAUGUCCGCUUCCUGGGUUACUACUUAAACAUCUAUGUACAUUCAAAUGUUGUAUAAUUGUCAAAUGUAUAUAACGAAAAAAUACUUUGUUUUAUAAAUGAU